AUGAAGACGACGAUCCUUGCAGCCUUGUGCACUCUUGCGACGGCGGCACCUCCGACGAGCGCCGGGACGACAACGACCAAGGAAGAACACUUUGUCGAAGCCAUGCCCUACCACGCCAUGGACCACGAAUGGUACGGACGCGGGUUUGGUCGCGGCUGGGGCGGUGGCUGGCGUGGUCGCUGGGGUGGUGGCUGGGGCGGUGGCUGGGGCGGUGGCUGGGACCUCCGGCCAUUGCAUGCGCUACCUCGGGCGCCCGCUGCUGCCUCUUUGCCGCCGCACGUCGACUGGUACGGCACGCUGUCGAAGCUCGUCACUGCGGUCGACGAUCCUUUGACCACUGCGAGCCAGGCGGUCGCGACACGUGACGAAUUCCCAGCUAUGCCUUCCACCGAGCCGACGACGCGCAGCAAGAACACGUACGAGCUCCUUGCCGUCUCGGACGACGACCUUUUUUUCUUGUAA